AUGAGUUUGAGUAGUUCGAAUUCCGAGAGUUUUGAGAGUGAUGAUAAAAAUCAAGAAGUUGUUCCAGCGAAGUUAGAUUUGAUGAAACAUUUCGACAAAAUCCCCGAAAAAGUCGAUGGUGUUGAAUAUGUUCUUUGCAAGCAUUGCAAAGCGGAGUCUGAAAAAGGUGGAGAUAAUAAAAUCAAACGAAUCAAAUGCAAACCGGAGAACAUGAGGAGGCACUUGAACCACUGUCGCUUUUAUUUAGCGGAGAACAAACAAACCCUAGCAAAGCCAAAACUACCUUCGUUAGGGGGGAAGAGGCCGCGCGACACCAAUUCGCCGAAAAGUGAGCAAGAGGACAAAAUCGAUCAUUCCGAAAGUGAACGAAGUGAGAAGAGAGAUGACGACAAAAAAGAGGCAAUUGUUGUCGCACCUUUAGUUAUUACAUCCCCCGGCUGUAAAACAAUCACAGUAAAGUAUUCAAGAAGAGCUGAAUCAAUGGAUAUCACCCCUGGAAUGAGUGCUGAACAAUUGAUCGAUGGGUUGAAGGAAGUGUUUGGAAUCCCUCAAGAGACUCCGUGCUUCUUGAGAAGAGAAACAGAGAAAAAAGUUCUUCUAGGAAGUAAUGAAAUUGUUCUCCUCAUCAACAAUGGCGAAACUCUCUGUUUGAAGAACCCAAAGUAA